AGAUGAAUUUCGAGGCAAGAAAGAAGUGAAGUGCAGUAAGUUUUCAGAGAAGGGUGGAUUUUUGCGUCGUUUGAUAUUUAUUAUGAAAAUUCUUGUUAAAAAAAUUGUUUCGAAUACUUUGUCGAAACUUCAGUGAUUAGAACUUGAGAAGGAAGAUAAAUUAGAGCACUUUCAUGGUUUGCAAAAUGGUGCCAGGCGAUAACACUCCUGCUGUCAACGACUCGGCCAACAUGAUUCUUAGUAGUAAUCUAAGUGCGGGUUCCCAUAGUGGUCAAGAAGGAGAGAUUCGAAUGGCUUUGAUAGUUGUCCAGGAUAUGACGACGGCCACUCUACAAGUUGGUCAUGUAAGCCUUUCAUUGGCUUCUACUGUGCUAGUCAGAAUGCUAGUGCAGCAGGUCGCCACCUCGGCCAAUUACGUGAACGGCACGUUCCUGUUGCAUCUACAGCCUGCCAAUCCCGACUCCAGUGCUGUGCUCUUAAACGAACGUCUUGACGAAACCCUCGAGUCUGUCGGUUUUGUGUGUGACGACGGCCACACUAGAAACAACCUUAUAAUCGCCGAUGCAGGUUCUGAGCCCCCUAAAAGGGACUCACCCGUCAAACCAGAAUUGGGGACACUCUGUUCAAAACGAAUCACAGCAGUACCAGACACAAAAUCGUCAAAUACAGUUUAUUCUAAACGAAUCACAGAUAGUUCUCCAGACGGUGAUAGAACACCGUCGGAUAAGAUUUGCGAAAUGAAUCCUCGAAGAGGAUUCGUAGGAUUGGUGAAUCAAGCGAUGACGUGUUAUCUCAAUAGUUUAAUUCAGACGUUGUAUAUGACACCAGAGUUUCGCAAUGCAAUGUACCGUUGGCAUUUCGACGGUACGGAAGACGAGCAAGCCAAAUCAAUCCCUUUUCAGUUGCAAAGCCUCUUUCUUAUGCUUCAAACGACGGACAAAUCAUCGAUUGGGACUACAAAUUUGACUCGUAGUUUCGGUUGGGACUCCAGUGAAGCUUGGCAACAACAUGACAUUCAGGAGCUCUGUCGAGUCAUGUUUGAUGCACUCGAGCACAAAUUCAAAAAUACAGAGCAAUCAGACUUAAUCUCCCGACUGUAUGAAGGGAAAAUGAUGGACUAUGUUCGUUGCUUAGAAUGCCGAACGGAAAAAGCUCGCGAAGACACUUUCCUCGAUAUCCCUCUCCCAGUUCGUCCUUUUGGGUCUCAAACGGCAUAUGCCUCAAUUGAAGAGGCCCUGAAGGCAUUCGUCGCACCGGAAACACUGGACGGCAAUAACCAGUAUUGGUGCGAAAAAUGUGGGAAAAAGUGUGACGCCCACAAGGGUCUCAAGUUUUCCCGUUUUCCGUACUUGCUGACUUUACAUCUCAAGCGAUUUGACUUUGAUUAUACGACUUUACAUCGUAUCAAAUUAAAUGACAAAGUCACCUUCCCAGAACAGCUCCACUUAGAUUCGCUGCUCGUCGACGACCGAAAUAGUGAUCCAAACUCUUCAAACAAAGAUUCGCAAGAUACCGCGAUUGAAGAUUCCAUGUCUGAAGCUAGCGGGUCGUCACGCGCCAAUUCGAGUAACGGAAUCGAAUCUCAGGAUGAUGACGAAGGCAUUGAUGUAAGGGCAGAAAAUUGUACUUCAAGUACGUCUAAUGCGUCAGGUGCUAGUGGUAGCGAUCAUAAUCGCAAAAACCGCGGACAAGGUCAAUACAGCUACGAGUUAUUUUCCAUCAUGAUCCAUUCUGGUAGUGCUUCCGGUGGCCACUAUUACGCUUAUAUUAAAGAUUUUCUCACAUGUGAAUGGCACUGUUUCAACGACCAGACUGUAUCGAAUAUUACCAUUGAUGAUAUUCGGAAGACGUAUGGAGGUGGCCCUUCCCGAAGCGCCGGAUACUUUACCAGUGCCUAUACUUCAAGUACCAACGCCUACAUGCUUAUGUACAGACGGAUUGAUAAAGAACGUAAUGCAAAUUUCAUGUCUCCGAGUGAAUUUCCCGAUCACCUUCAGCAAUUACUGCGACGUAUGCAAGAAGAAGAAGAGAGCCAGCGAGCUGUAGAAGAGCAAGAAAGGAAUACGUGCCGCAUCCAGUUGUACUGUCAUCAUCCAAAACGCGGUCGCGUUGAUUUACCUUUCAAACUUCACAAAGAAGUGACUCUACGUCAGGCCGUUUCAAUGGCAUAUGAGCAAAUUGGCGAUCUAUCCGAUAUUGGUGUGCCACUCAGCCGGUGUCGGCUAGUCAAGUAUAACGAGGUUUACGACAGUGUAGAAUGUAGCUGGGAUCACCGAAUGGACGAAACUGUCAAUGAUAUAUUUGACGGUGUCAAAUCUUCCUACAAGUUUGACUUGCUCUUGGAAAUUAUUCCUGAAGGCCAAACUUUCCAAGUUUAUGCUCCCGGCAGUCUGAAUGCCAAGAUUUUUAUGGUGGAUGUGGAUGCAAGAGAGCUUCACUUACCUGUGUCCAUUCGUAUGCCUUUCAGUAGCUCUGUCCAAGAUCUGAAGCUCAGCAUGAAAUCUACGAUGAACAUUGCCGAGGAUCCAGAUCAUAUCCACCUGGUCACCAUACGUUACUCAAAUGAGCUACAUAGAUUGACCCAAAAAGACCGUAGUUUAAGGAGCGAAGGCUUCCAGAGGGCAGAAAAAGUCUACGCCACCGUGUUUGCCUCCAGUGAUGAAAACGAAUUCCUAUCGUUGUGCAAACCACGCCUGUAUGAUCUGAUUGACCAAUAUGAAAAUGCCCUAACUGUACGCAUGACACUACCCAAAGCCGAUAAAGAAACGUUGGAACGUCUUGGUAUCGAUAUUGCCAUUCCCACAAUCCCGACCCUUUCGGCAACUGCUGCUGCCACUGCCAGAACAACUUCUCCGAUGGAGUCGUACAGUCCCGAAGAUGCAGCCUCGGACGACUCCCUAUCCCAUUUAGAACGCGAACGAGCCUUGUCGGAAGGCGAAGAAGAAGAAGAAGAAAAUCGCCGCCGUCGCCUUGGAGACAUUGAAGACUUUGCUGCCAUUUCUGCGACUUUUCAAGAAUGCUAUUCAGAAGGAGAAGAGCUUCCUCAGAGACUUCCUAAUUCUACCUCGUCUGCCUCAGCCAGUGAGGACAGUAGUUUGAGCUUGACGGACAGUGAUCGUACACUCUUGGGUGAUCCGCCUUUAGCUGAAGAAACCGACUGCGAUGUUGAAAUGGGUCUAGCCACUCGCAGAAGAAAUGCUUUGGUUCAAGUCGAGCCGGAAUCUAUCGAUACAAUACCGGAACUGGAGACCGUGAAAUUUUUUUUUAAGGUGAUGUCAAUCAGUGAAGAUGCGGAUGAAAAAUGCUGCACGGCCAUGGUCGACAAGCGGAUCCCGUUGGCAAAUUUCAAAUCAGAACUAGAGGUGCUUCUAAAUGUUCCUGCAGAGUUUCUUUUAGUUUAUAAAAAAACCCCAACAACGGCGUCUACCUUUGGAACAACGGAAAGGGAGUGGGCUCAACAAAAUGAAACCCUUGAAACCCUUGGAGACGACCCACAAAUAUCUGUUCGCCUUGGUCGAGCCCUGAGACCGGGUGAAGUGCGUGGCAAAAUUUUUCAGCUGAAAAUCAAUGACACCCAAGAACGUACACAGUUACUGUUUGAAUGGGUGCUUUCAACUGGUGUUCAAAUCGGUAAAAUGAAACGAGACAUUUUGGCCGAAAUGAAGAGUCGUCAUGGCAUUGAAAUCCCUCCUGAAAAAUGUAUCUUGCGCAAGAAACACUGGCGUACACCGUCUACCGUCUAUGGAGACGAAGAAGAAGUAUUGGACACGGAAUUACUCUACAUUUUCAAAAAUUGGGAAAUGUUUUUACAAUUGUUGGAUGUUAACAACCCCCUCGAACUUUCGUCAAAUUAUCGAGGAGCUGAAACGGUCAUUUUCACUCGUCGGUGGCGACCGAGCACAUUUACACUGGAGCCUUUUGUCGACACGCCUCUUGCCGAAUUUAAUCGUAUUGUGCUAGGCCGCAAAUUGUCAGAGGUGAGUGGUUUGAAACCUGAACAGAUCGAGAUAGCCAAGGCACCCGGAACUUUUCCUUGCGAGGGCUCCCUUCUUGGAAUCCACGAUGAUAUUACAUGGGUCCCCUUGCUGACGACCGGUUCGGAUGACGACGGCUCCUUCAAAUACCCUUGCAGCGUGCAGACGGACGGUGAUGUAGUCUAUUGGCGCGAGAAAGGCGAGCCGCUCAAGAAGCUAACGGAACAGGAACGUAGAGAGAUUCUUAGCCGAGAGAACACUGAUUCAACCGCUUCCGGAACUUCCUAUUCAACCGUUUCCGCUUCACCUCGCAAAGAACGCCCGCUCAGAAUCUUUAUAGACUCGCCCAAAUCUAGCAGCGUGAAAGAAACGAUUGAACCAGAUUUGGAUUGAUCCUACAAAGCUAUAUAUAUAUAUAAAUAUAAUAUAUAUAUAAAGUAUAUACCUCUCGAUGAUAAUUCUAUUCAGAUGGAGCGUUGAAAUUGAUGCAAUCUUGAGCAACUUUAACGGCAACUGAUCAGGCAUGUGCUGAAAAGCAAUUUUCCUUUCUUAACCUCUUCCCCUGCUCUAUUUCGCUUCGCUCUCAUCAAACAAAAAACUUUCUUCUCAAACAAUCAGCCUUACGUGGAAAAGUAAUAAUAAACCAAAUUAUUUGUCACGAGAAA